AUGGCUUACUACAAUGUUACCAUGGACAACAGUGUUCUCAGGAAUGGCUCCUGCAGUCCAAUAGCAACACCCUGUCUAACCUGGCUCUACUGCAUAGUGUUCAUCGGAGGACUAGUGGGUGUCAUCUCCAUUUUGUUUCUGCUGGUGAAAAUGAACACCAGGUCUGUGACCACCACAGCAGUUGUUAACCUGGUGGUGGUACACAGUGUUUUUCUUCUGACAGUGCCUUUUCGCUUGAUCUACCUCAUCAAGCAGACUUGGAUAUUUGGGUUGCCUUUCUGCAAAUUUGUGAGUUCCAUGUUACACAUCCACAUGUACCUCACAUUUCUCUUCUAUGUGGUCAUCCUGGUCAUCAGGUACCUCAUCUUCUUUAAGCACAAGGACAAAGUAGAAUUCUACAGAAAACUGCAUGCUGUGGCUGCCAGUGCCGGCUUGUGGCUGCUGGUAAUUGUCAUUAUUGUGCCCUUGGUUGUUUCUCAGUAUGGGAGUAAGGAGAAAUAUAAUGAGCAAGACUGUUUUACCUUCCACAGAGAACUUGCUCGUAAGUAUGCUCAAGUUAUCAACUAUAUCAUAAUUGUUAUUGUCACAGCCACUGCAGUGAUUCUCUUGGUCUUCCAGGUCUUCAUCAUUAUUUCAAUGGUACGGAAGAUACGUCAUUCUUUGCUAUCCCAUCAGGAGUUCUGGGCUCAAUUGAAAAACCUCUUUUUUAUAGGAGUCAUCUUUUUUUGCUUCCUUCCCUAUCAGUUCUUCAGGAUCUAUUACUUGCAAGUUGUGGCCCACUCACAUGACUGUGACAGUAAUGCUGCUGCAUAUUAUAAUGAAAUAUUCUUGAGCAUAACAGCAAUUAGCUGCUUUGAUUUACUGCUCUUUGUUUUUGGGGGAAGCCACUGGUUUAAGCAAAAAAUGAUUGACCUAUGGAAUUGCCUUUUGUGUCACUAG